AUGGCACAUGGUUCCGAGGACUGUGCCUCCGUGUUGGAGCAGUUCGUCCACGAUGUGGCGAAUCUCCCAGCAGAAAUCAACCACUUGAUGGAAGAGAUCCAGGCCAAGGACAAAAUCAUCCAGGAUUGUCGCGCGACCAUCAAUUCUCGUGACAGCAGUUUACAGAAAUUCAUCAAACUCAAUGGCAGUCUCACGCCGAACCCCAAAGAAGAGCAGUACUCGAAGGUGAUUCUACAGAAUCUGGACAGGGCGCAACAGUUACAGGACGAGAAGAUACAGCUGAGCGAGAAAGCAUGCAUCCUGCUCGAUCGCCAGAUCAAGAAACUGGACGUUAAGAUACGCGAUCUACAAAACGAUGGCGUGCUCCCAAAUGAUCCGCCUCUGCCCUCCCUUUUCAACAACAAAGACCAGUACCGCGAUCCGCCCAAGAUUUUCUUUCCCGAUGCAACCACCGCUGAUACUACUUCUUCCCCCCUGCAACCCACCUCAGGCAACACCAACUCCUUACUGGGCAUCUCACAACGGCUCAACCAGUCACUUGCCCGGUCUACAAGUUCAGCCGCAUUAGCCACGCAAGGCGCCGCGCGCAGUUCAGCUCCAGCAACCCCGUCUGGCACAACCCACUUCCAACACCGGCAACGCGAGUCAUCGGCGGGAGCGGUAGAGAACAAGCGUCGCCGGCUCAAUGCAUCACUGGGCACUCUUCCCGCUGCGUCCUCGAAUCUCCGGCAGUCAUCCCUGGGCCCCGGCACGCCCAAGGUAGGCACACCGGCUUCCAGUCGCGCAGGCAGCGCCGGGCCGCGCGGAACAGGCGCAAUUAAGAAGGCCGCCACUAAGAAAGUCGCGCCUCAUCAACAACUGAAGAAGAUCAAGGCCCACGGUAAAGCGACGAAACGCUCCUCCAGCGCGAGUGGUCGUGUCAAGCUCAGCGGUGCGACCAAGAAGUCCCCGUCUGCGGCGGGCGGCGAUGAAGAUGAGGACGAUUCGCUCCUCAGCAGUGCCGAAGCUUCGGAUUCCAACGCCAGCGAUUCUAGACGCAUGGAUGAGGACGUUGACGAGGAAGAGGAGGAAGAGGAGGGCAACGAGGAUACCAAGGUCUACUGUACCUGCCGCAGUGUCAGUCAUGGAGACAUGGUUGCGUGUGAUAACGACAAUUGCCCCUACGAGUGGUUCCAUUGGAAGUGUGUUGGCUUGACGAGGGAGCCGGUGGGAACUUGGUAUUGCCCACAUUGCAAGUCAACCUUGGGCAAGUAG